CGCACUGCACGGAGCCAUGCACUGAGUGUGGAGCAAAUGGUUUGUGUGGCCUUGCGCUUUUUUGCUAGUGGAGCCUUCCUGUACUCAGUGGGGAUGCAGAACAGCUGAACAAGGCCACAAUUUGCCGCACAAUAAGGAGUGUGUGUCUGGCUAUCAAAGCAUUAGCAGAUGUCUUCAUCUCCUUCCCUGGCCACAGAAGACUCUGUGACAUCAAAGAGGAGUUCUAUAGGAUUGCAGAUGGUCUGCAAUGCUGACUGUGUGAUCAGCAAUGUUGUGGCAAAAUGGCCUGGCUCAGUCCAUGACUCCAGAAUCUUUCGGGCCUCUGAAAUCUGUCAGUGCCUAUCACAAGGUGAAUUCUCUGGUGUGUUGCUGGGAGACAGGGGGUAUGGCUGCCAGCCUUUUCUCCUGACACCUUUCACAGACCCCCAGGAAGCACAGCAGGCCUACAACCAUGCCCAUGCCAGGACCAGGGCCAGAGUUGAAAUGACCUUUGGCCUCCUGAAGGCACGCUUUCACUGCCUUCACAAAUUAAGGGUCAGCCCUGUUAGGGCAUGUGAUAUUACUGUGGCUUGUGCUGUCCUCCACAAUGUGGCCUGCCUGAGGAAGGAGAGGGCCCCCAGAGUGCCACCAGCCAUGGACUGGGACAAUCCGGCAAUCUUCCCUGAUGACGACAGUGGUCGGCUGCUGAGGGACCAAUAUGUGUUGAAUUAUUUUAGUUAGUAUGUGUGCUUUCAAUUUUGGUUAAAUAUGUCCUGCGGUGGCAGAGGAAUUUGGGUUUUUUGGGUUCGUUUUUUGACGAAUUUGGCCUCUUAUGAUGAUUGUGCGGUAUACUGUGUGUAAUACAAGGCUGCAGGGAGGCUACUGCAUCCAUUCAUUUGUCUGUUCAGUUGAUGUGUAUGGAUUUGUCCUGCAUUUAUUUUAGUGUGCAGACAUGCAGGGUGUGUUAUAUACAGACCUUUGAAUGUGUAUGUAUCAUUUUGUAUAAUAUGCUUGGAUUCUGUGCUUUCCAUCUUGUAGAGUCACUGUGACUUCAGUUUCGAAAGGAGCUGAUGGUUUACCUGCUUUGUUUUGUCCUUAUUCAAUAAAGGAACAUAAUGUUA